GACUUCCGUUCCCUGCUUGAGCGGACAUUUUGUUUGUUUUUGGAUUAAGCCACCAGGUCUGUUUCCAGAUCGCAGCGUCAGGCGUGAGUGACACGAGAGAGCGGACGCGAGAGGAGGCGUUGUCUCCUCUGAGCAGAGGCGGGCCUGAGGAUCGGGUCCUCGCGCCCGUCGACUCUUAAUGACCCCCUCGCCUCCGCGCGCCUUCCCCGGCCCACAGGUUCCGGUGGCGGCGGCCGCACCGACGGACCCGGCGCAGGUGGGUGCUGCGCCCUCGGGUCCUCCCGCGACCUCCGUUUCUGAACCCAGAGCCUCGAAGGAGAACAGCCUCGGGUCCCUGCAGCUCAGGGCCCUGUGUCCAGACGGCAGGGGCGCCCCGGUUGGGCCGCACUUCUGAUCGCCGGCGCGGCGGGGCGUGGAAGGCCGUCGCGGACAGAGGGGCCAGCAUGGGCAGAGGCCUGGGAGGCGACACAGACGGAGUGUUCGGGACGCCUGGGGCCGCUGGCGUGUGACAGGAUGAGAGUGUGAGGGGGAGUUGCACCUGCAGCGUCCGCCUGAGCAGUUCUUCGUCACUGUGAGCGUGCGGGGAGCUGUGGAAGGUUCUGAACAGGGGAAGGACGCGAUCCGAAGGCUUGGAGGCAUUUCUUAGACUGCUUGCGGGACAAACAGACGAGGUUCGGAGGUUAGGAGAUGAUGAGGCCUAGUCCGAGGUUCCGGUGAACUCAGAAGUAACCAUGGACCCUACACAGGGACAAGUGAACUUUGAGGAUGUGGCCGUGUACUUCUCCCAGGAGGAGUGGGGGCUCCUUGAUGAGGCUCAGAGGCUCCUGUACCGCGAUGUGAUGCUGGAGAACUUGGCACUUAUGGCCUCGCUGGGAUAUGAAUCUUCCAUGUCCCAUGGGGUUGCCUCACUGGAGCUGGGCAGCAAGCCCUGGGGAUCUGACUGGACAGAUGUUACUCCAGGCGGGACCAGAGAGGCUCAGGGUCGUUGGCAUGGAAUGGAGGAUGAGGAGAUAGCUUUUGAGCAGAACAUUUCUGUGGGAGUGUCACAGGUCAGGACUCCCAAGGCAGGUCCUUCUACCCAGAAGGCCCACCCCUGUGAGACUUGUGGCCUGGUCUUGAAAGACAUUUUGCACAUGGCUGAGCACCAGGGAACACACCCUGGGCAGAAAUCAUACAUGCGUGGGGCAUGUGGGAAACAAUUCCGCUUCAGAGCAAACCUUUACCACCAGAAGCAGCACAGUGGAGAGGAACCCUUCAGAGGGGACAAGAGCAGCACCUUGCUUGUGAACAGCUGCCCUGUGGAACCACUGGAGAUGCCUUUUACGACAGGGAAGGGUUAUAAGGACUUGCCAGCUAGCUCAAGCAUUUUCCAGCACCAUGCCCCUCAGAGUAAGUGGAAGCCUAACAGAAACACCAAAUGUGUGGAUGCUUUUCACAGCGGACAAAGGCAUUACGAGUGCAGUGAAUGUGGGAAAGCCUUCAGCCGGAAAGACUCACUUGUCCAGCACCAGAGAGUCCACACUGGAGAAAGGCCUUAUGAGUGCAGCGAGUGUGGGAAAACCUUCAGCCGCAAACCCAUACUUGCUCAGCACCAGAGAAUCCACACUGGAGAAAUGCCAUACGAGUGUGGCAUAUGUGGGAAAGUUUUCAAUCAUAGCUCCAACCUUAUCGUACACCAGAGAGUCCACACGGGAGCAAGGCCUUACAAGUGCAGUGAAUGUGGGAAAGCCUACAGCCACAAAUCCACACUUGUUCAGCAUGAGAGUAUCCACACUGGAGAAAGGCCUUAUGAGUGCAGUGAGUGUGGGAAAUACUUUGGUCACAAAUACAGACUCAUUAAACACUGGAGUGUUCAUACCGGAGCAAGGCCCUACGAGUGCAUUGCAUGUGGGAAGUUCUUUAGCCAGAGCUCUGACCUUAUUGCACACCAGAGAGUUCACAAUGGUGAAAAGCCCUAUGUGUGCAGUGACUGUGGAAAAGCCUUUAGCCACAAACAUGUACUUGUUCAGCACCAUAGAAUUCACACUGGAGAAAGGCCAUAUAAGUGCAGUGAGUGUGGGAAAGCCUUCAGGCAAAGAGCUUCCCUCAUCCGACAUUGGAAAGUUCACACUGGAGAAAGGCCUUAGGAUGGCAGGGAAUACACUAUUUCCUUGUUCAACAUAGUGACUGACAGCAGAGGGAAGCUCAGAUUAGCCUUCGUGAGUAGCCAUCAGCUGGAAGUUGAACCUCAUACAUUUCAGCAUCCACCCCCGGGAGAUUAUUCUGAGUGUCACCUAUGUGGGAAGCUUUCUGGUGCUGUGUUGCACUUUGUAACCUGUCCUGGAGCCUUGCCAGAAUUCUGUCACUGCCCAUGUCUCUAAAAAAACGAACAAAAUCCAGCCAUGUAUGGAAUGGCACCUUGUGCAUAAGUCAUCCCAACAUGUUCUAAUAGGCAGGCCUCUGCUCCCUUCCCUAGAGGGAUCAUCAGUACCUGGAGCCCAUUAAAAAAACCUCACUCCUUCAUGCUUUCUCCUCCACCAGCUGGUAUAAGCAUGGACAUGACCUAGUUUUGGUCAGAAGGUUGGAAGCUUUGUUCUGCUGGCUGCUUGCAGAGGUUUCCAUUUUUCAUGAACUUUGUUGGUCUUAUUUUGCACUCAUGAUGGAUUUGUCCAGCCUCCAAGUCACCUACCUUAGGAAUUGCCCAUUUCAUAGUGUUUGUUUUGGCAACAAAUGCCUGAGUUUUUAUAAACUAUAAUUUUGGGGAUCCUGUUCACUCUGUGGGUUGUAUUGAGAACAGAAUUGGGUUCUGCCAGCGUGAGGGGAGGAACAGCUUUUGUGAGAGCUCCAAAUGUUAUGUCCCAGUGGUGUUAGCAGAAUGGCAAGCAAAGAACAGCUCUCAUUUUAGCCUAACUUGCAUUCCUGCUCAAGACCUCCUAUGAAAGAAUACUGAUCUUGGUGGGCCUAAUCUUUUGGCCUGUAUGCCAAGAUUAUUUGUGUGAUCAAGGUCACCCUGAGCAGUGGGCAGUUGUGACAGCCUCUAGUGUAUCUAGGAGCAGUAUGAAUUGGUUCCCUUGUUCCAGAGGGAUGUUUCAUAGUCCCGUAGUCUCUCUCUCUUUUUUUUUUUUUUUAAAGAUUUAUUUAUUUGACAGAGACACAGCAAGAGAGGGAACACAAGCAGGGGGAGUGGGAGAGAGAAGCAGGCUUCCCGUGAAGCAGGGAGCCCGCGUCCCAUAGUCUCUUGAUGAGAACUUGACCCCUGGGACCUGCCAAUGCCCCUGAAAUCUAUUAUUUAGUAGGCGGAUGUCACUGUCCCCUAAAAAGACUAGGUAGGAAUCGUAAUUGGCACAGAGAUACUGAUUAAUUGGGAGUUGGGAGCAAACUAUAGGGAAUGUGACUCUUAUAAAGGUAUAUCCACGUUUCCAUCACUGUGGCUUUGAUAUAGGGUUUAUAGAAAUUCUCAGGAUUCCCAUAUUUAUGUCUUUCUCAUGGCUACGGUCACUGUCAGAGCAAUCAAUCGAAGCCUUUUCUGCAAUAAACAUAUUUAUAGUAUACAGUUUGAUAAGUUUUGGUACAUGUUUGCACCUGUGAAGCCAAGUUUCCUGAUUUGCCCUACAAUCCCUCUGCCCCUUACCCAUUCCCAGGCAACCAUUCAUCUUGCUUUCUGUCUUUAUAGAUUUCUUUGCAUUUCCCAAAAUUUUAUAUCUAUGGAAAAACUUACGUACACAGAUAACACUUUAAUAUGUACUCUUAUGUAUCUGGCUUUAACUCUGCAUAAUUACCUUGUGAUUCGUCAGUGUUAUGUGCAUCAGUAGCUCAUUCCUUUGCAUUCAUACUUUUGCUGAAAAUAUUCCAUUUUAGAGAAAGAAUUCCAAAUCAAGUGAUCCAGUAGAGAGUUCACACAAAAACGAAGCCACAGUAUCUGUUAAAACCUUUUCCCGGAAAUGAUGUGUUAACAUUCCUGACUUUUUCUGUGGGUAACACAGACUAAUCCUGGUAUAAAGUGGAAGGGGGCUCCACAACAGGGACAAUACAAGAAGGUAGAGAUUGCCAAGAGAAUCUCUUGGAUAGUGGUUACCACAAUCAUAGGGGUUUUUUUUUCCUUUACAUUUUUAGCUUUUUAAUGAUGAAUUACAUUGACUAAUUUUAAAAACUUAAACCAACGUUACAUUUCUAAGGUGAGCCCCAUUUAGUCAUGAUGUAUUCUUUUUAUGUAUUGUAUUUAUCCACCCCCCCCUUUUUUUUUUAAGAUUUUUGCAUCUGUGCUCGUGAGGGAUGUUAGUCUCUAAUUUUCUUUAAUGCCUGGGUUUAGUUGGUAUCACCAUAAUGCUGGCUUUACACAUUAUGUUAAGUAUUCCCUGAUUUUUAAUUUUGUUGAACAGUUUGUGAAGAAUUGAUAUUUCUUCCUUGUUUUGUAGAAUUCACCAGUGAAGAAGUAAUUGGGCCUGGAGUUUAUUUUAUGGGAAGAUUUGUAAUUGCAAAUUUAAUUUUCAGAGUGGAUAUAGACCUAUAGAGGUUAUCUUUUUUCCCCUAGAGUGAGCAUUGGUGGCUUGUGUCAUUCAAGGAGUUCAUUUUAUUUAAGUAGUCAAACUUUUCAAACUAUUCUCUUAUUAUUUUAGUACCUGCAGAGUCUUUAUUGAUGCCACUUCUCUUAUUCCCGUGUUAACCUUAAAAAUAAAACUGCUAGUUAUUUUACCAACAAAACAAAACAAAAAAAGGGUUUAUUCAGGAAUAGCUGAGAUUACAAUCCAGGACAAGUGAGUUUUAGCAAAGCCAUAGGCGGGUCCAGAGAACAAAGGUGAAGAAUGCUUUUUUAUAGAGGAAAGGGGAAGUUGGGAAGGACUGUUAAAAACUAAAAAUUCCACUGGAGUAAACGGGGGGUUGUAACUACAUAGGUUUCUGAUUGGCUGAGCUGUCACUGUCUCUGAUUGGCCGGGUUGUUGACAGGGCAGGAAGAAAUCUUCCUUCCUCCCGUGAGGAUAAUAAAGUAGUAUUGGCUUGCAAGGUCCAUCUCUUCCUGUUGGGUCUGCAGUUGACAACUAGUGCCAAACUAGAGCACCCCCUGCCGGCCUCCUGACUUCAUUCUAAAUGAGGUUUCCUUUUAUUAAUUUCCACAUUCCCCUCUUUUGAUUAAGAUCUUUCUUUGAAGGCAUUGCCAAUCAAUAGUCAGGUUCUUUAUAUUUACUGGUUUUGUUCCUCAGUACUAGGAAGGUUGUCAUGUCCUAUGUUGGAAGGAAAGUGUGUUGCAAGGGGAAACCUCUUAAGGUCACAUUUGAGGAAUAAGGAAGGUUAGGAGGAAGAAACUCAGAUUCUUGAAGCAUCAAGCCAGCAUCACCUAAUUGGGUGAUCAUUUAAAAAAAAUUAAAAAGCUUAACAGUCAACAAAAUACAAAACAAUUAUAUACGAGUCAGAAGUAACAUAAUUCCAAAUUGUAUGAUGGUUCUAAACAAGGACCCUAGGUCUGAAAGUCAAACAGAACAUUUAUUGGUACUUAUUCCAACUUAGGGGAGAAAGGUACCCAGAGUGAUGUAUUCCUCUUGGAAAUGUUUGUUUAAAGUGACCCUGAAAAACAGACUAGCGAAUACUGCAAGAGCACACUGAAAGAGUGAACCGAGUGCAUUUGGGAAGAUAGUGCAGGUAUGAACAUGAUGCAACAGCUGAUGAACUUUUUGCAAAACAACAGAACUUCAAAGAGGUUUUAAAACAGCACUCAAAAAAUGAAGCAAAUAUGUUACUGCUAGUACAACCUGUAGGGUUGCAAAUUCAGAGACCAUGAAUUUGGAGAUGAAUCCAGAGUUAGUUAAUAGUUCAGAUGAAAGAGACUUCUGAAUUCUGAAACCUUCUAACCCAUAAGAAAGAUCAAGUGAAAAUUAACUUGUCUCAGGAUCAUGAGGCUGUUUCUGAAAGGCCACAAUCAAAAGAUGUCCACUUUUUGCCACGGCUUGGAAAAUGCAGAUGGGCACUGUCUUCCCAUGAAAGAAGCUACAGUGAAAAAGAUAUACAGGCUUAUUUUGCACAUCUUGGGAAAGCUGUUGUCAGAUGUCUUCUUCAGUUCCAAGAAAUCUUUACUUUCAAGUCACCAGAUGAUGUGCAGAUCCAAUCAAGGUUUGGUGCUUUCUUUAGAGGUGUUACAGAAACCCAAGAGUCUAUUCCCUGGAGUUCGGUGGCACAGGGUUGGUUAGUAGUUCCUGACAAGGGCCUUUCCAGUGGGGCUGAAGAGUCUGGAGGUGUCUUUUCCAACAGCCCGAAUCUGCAGGUUGCAAAGUGUGAUGCUUAAGGUCACUGGGGAGUGCUCUGUGAGAAGAUGGCUCUACCAAACCAUGGUUGUCUUUAACAGAAGUAAUUGGGCCUUUACACAACUUUAUCAACGAAGGCAGGGGCCAAGUGCUUUGGACGUCCUGUGACUGCCUCAAAGGGUGAAUAAGUUCCCAACGGGGUGGAUCUGAGAGAAGAAUUAACGGCCAUGGCCAAGGUAUUGGAGAGUCUCUAGAAGUUUUGCCAAUUGAGUCUUAAUAGUGCCAUUGGUGCAUUUUUGCUAACUGAAGUUUGCGGAUGAUGUGCACAAUGAAAGUGUUGUAAAACUGGCCAGACAGCACAGAAAUGUCAAAAUGCCUGACCAGUAAAAUGGGUUCCCUGAUUACUAUGAAGUUUGAGAGGUUUCCCAUAUAGGGAUAAUCUUUUCUCUUUUUAAGAAAGAUUUAUUUUAGAGAGAGAGUUGGGGGAGGGACAGAGGGAGAGCAUCUUCAAGCAGACUCCCCACUGGGUGUGGAGCCUGACAUGGGGCUCAAUCCCACAACGCAUGAGAUCAUGACCUGAAUCAAGACCAAGAGUUGAACACUCGACCGACUGAGCCACCCAGGCACCCCUAUGUAUAAUCUUUUCCAAGAGCCACAGAAGAGGCACUGGCCUGUUUUCAAGGGAAAGUUUGAUCCAUGAGAAAACCUACAGACCACAACUAAAACAUAUCCAUGAGAUGGGGUGAGUUGUAUGAAAUCCAUUUGCCAAACUUGAAAUUGUCCAUUGUGUAAUUUGAAAUGCCCAGGGUCAGUAUGGACAGGUACCUGAGAUUGUAUUUUGGACAGGUGGGACAAAUGAGGUUGAUACUUUUGUGGACUUACUAAACUUUUCUCAGCAACAUUGGUUUAUGGAUGCUAUCAUUUUGUCAGUAGACCAGUGGUUUAAUGAGUAUUCACUUUUUAAAAAAUAUUUAUUUAGAGAGCCUGCGAGUGGGGGAAGGAGUAGAGGGAGAGGGAGAGAGAAUCCUCAGGCAGACUCCCUGCUGAAUGUGGAGCCAGACACAGGACUCAGUCCCAGGACCCCAAGAUCAUGACCUGAGCCAACAUCAAGAGUUGGCCAAUUAACCUACCGAGCCACCCAGGUGCCUGUAAUGUGUAUGCAUUUGUAAGUAGUGGAAAUUUCAGAACUUCUGAUAUGGCUGAAUUGUUAUUUGGCCCAAACCAGAGUUAAUCUCUUUUUAUUAAGGCAACAAUUAGGGUGCCUGGGUGGCUCAGUCGGUUAAGCGACUGCCUUCGGCUCAGGUCAUGAUCCUGGAGUCCCGGGAUCGAGUCCCGCAUCGGGCUCCCUGCUCGGCGGGGAGUCUGCUUCUCCCUCUCCCGCUCCCCCCUCUUGUGCUCUCUCUCUCUCUCAAAUAAAUAAAUAAAAUCUCAGGGGAAAAAAAAAGGUAACAAUUAUAUUUCCAGUAUUGUUUUUCCCUCUUUGUUGCCAGUUGCUGGGUAUCUCCUGUUGAUUUUUCCAAAAUUUAUCAUUUUGGAGAACAUCCCUUUGGACCACGACAAAGGUUCGGUUACUGGUUUCCUUGAGAGCAGCACCUGUGGCACAGAUACCAGUGAGGUAGGUUACUGUGGCCCCCAUGGAGUUGAGUCUGGAGUGUCCAGGAACUUUGAUAAUACCCACAGCAGCUAGCAGAAGUGUGGCAUCUAAUAAAUUUUGGACAUAGGAGCCAUUUUUAACAUUAUUCCCGUUGGAGGUAAGGAUACAUUGUUGUUUCCAUAAUAUUCCAAAGUUGAGCGACCCCAAAGGCAUAGUGGCUAUUGAUAUAAAUGUUUGCAGUUCUACCCUUGGCUAAGGCGCAAGCUCGAGUAAAGGCACAGGACUCGGCUUUUGGGGUGAAGUAGCCAAAGGUAAAGGUUCUGCCUCAGUGAAUCCAAAGGAGUUGCAGUAGCAUACCCAGCAUGAUAUUUGCCAUUUUCAUUCUUUAAGAACCAUCAGUAAACCAUGAAAAAUCUGCAUUGGUUAGAGGAGUUUCCUUAAGGUCUCAUGAGGAUUCAAAAGGUAACCUGUCAACAUUAAGCACUUGUGAGGAGUUUCAUCUGGAUCCAGAUAUAGUCCUUGUUUCAACAUCAGGCUCCCGAAGUAUCUAACUUGAGACUUGGGUAAAUUGCAGUUUUUCUUUGGAGACUUUAUGUCCCUUUAAGGCCAAAAGUUUGAACAGGUGGAUGUGGUCUUCCUGUGAAGAGGCCUGAGAAGGGGAACCUUCUACAUACUGCAAAUCAUCUACAUACUGCAACAAAGUAGAGCCUGCAGAGAAAUUUCUAUCAUCCAAACCAAGUUGUAAGGUAAGAUUGGUGAAAAGUAAGAAGGACUCUGUGAUACUUGGGGCGUGACUGUUCAGGUGUAUUUCUGUUCUUUCCAAGUGAAAACAACGAUAUUGGCUAUCCUUAUCAACUGGAAUGCUAAAAAUGUGCUGCAUAAUCAGUCACAGGGAAAAAUGUGCUUACUUCGGGAAUAGAUGUUAGUAGCAGAUGGGGGUUAGGAACAACAGGGUGCUGAGGAGUAACAGUGGUUAUUUGGUAUUUAUUGUUCAGAGGUCCUGGACAAACCCCCAUCCUUGGCCUUUGGGUUUUCUCACUGUUAAAACAGGAGUGUUAUGGAAAAUAAGGCAGGGGAUAAUGAGACCUUGUAAUCUAUUAUGGGCUUGAUACCCUGAAGGGCUUCUUUCUUUAUAGGGCAUUGAUUAUGGGAAGAGGUUUUGAAUCUUGAUGGGAGGUACACUGUGGAUUUUGCCAAUGUCUGUUGAGAGAGGAUGGUAGCUGACACAAUAGGAACAAAUGGUCAGUAUCUCCAGAGUCGGCUAUCGUGCUGUCAGAGACAGAAUAAAAGACUAAAAGGUGUCAAAUGGUCAUUUAAUUCUCCUGACUGGCUGUUUUGAUCACCACUGUAAAAUUCUAGAGUUAUUCCCCCUUUGGGGAAGAAAGUCUGGCAUGAUACUUUUCUAAGAAAUCCUGGCCCAAUAAGUGAGUAGGGGCAGAGUACGGAGAAGAUGGGUGAGUAGCUCUCACAGGGCCUAGACAGAAGGGCACAGGCACCUGCUGAAGUUUGUUAGAGACCCGCUAUCUGAACUGCUCUGGGGCCGGGGCAGCUUUGUAGCAGUGGGUUCAACACUGAGAGUGUAGCUCUGGUGUCAGUGACAGAGGUUCACUCCCAAACCGGAAAAGAGUCUCUCCAAGCUGGGUAAGGGGGGGUUGGGGAGAGCUCCGGUAGUUUCUCAGAUCCCCAUCACUGGGAAUUAGGAAGACAUUAGCAAGGCUAAGGGCGGAAGGCGCCUGGAGCACUCAGAUUUGUAACCAUCCUUUUUUCCCCAAUACCCUGGUUUUUUGCAAAAAUAGCAACUAGAGGGCUUUUGUUUUGUUCAGAGACUUUCAUUUGCCAGGGUCAAAAAUUGAGAAUUUGGGGACGCCUGGGUGGCUCAGUCGGUUAAACAUCUGCCUUUGGCUCAGGUCAUGAUCCCGGGGUCCUGAGAUCGAGUCCUGCGUUGGGCUCUCUGCUCAGCAGCGAGUCUGCUUCUCCCUCUCCCACUGUGAUCUCUCUCAUUCUCUCUCUCAAAUGAAUUAGUAAAAUCUUAAAAAAAAAAAUUGAGAAUUUUAGUGGUCUUUCUUUUAGAUGACUCAUCUGGGAUGUGAGUGAGCUGGUUUGCCAUAUUAACUAAAUUGAGUGGGCGGUUUCCCAUUCCAUCCGAGUACUUUUAACUAAAAGAAAGAUCCUGGUUCAGUCCAUUAAUAAACAUAGUGGAUUCAACAUCUAAAGGUAGACCAGAAUAUUCUUAAAAGACAAUUUUGUGUUGAUUAUAAUAGUCAUGAGCAGGUUCAUCAGGUUUCUGUGUGCAAGCCUGAAUUUUGUUGCCACACGUCUACAGAUAAAGAAGAUGAGACAUGGGGCGCCUGGAUGGCUCAGUUGGUUAAACAACUGCCUUCCGCUCAGGUCAUGAUCCUGGAGUCCCGGGAUUGAGUCCCACGUCAGGGCUCCCUGCCCAGCAGGGAGUCUGUUUCUCCCUCUGACCCUCCCCCCUCUAGUGUGCUCUCUCUCUCUCUCUCUCAUUCUCUCUCAAAUAAAUAAGAUCUUAAAAAAAAAAAAAAAAAGAUGAGACAGAAGUGAAAAAGAGGCCUCAGGCCAUUUUGACUUAUUUUAAUUGUUUGCUUCAGUUAAUUUAUAAUUUUAUCUUUUUUUUUUUUUAAAGAUUUUAUUUUAUUUAUUCAUGAGAGACACAGAGAGAGAAGCAGAGGGAGAAGCAGGCUCCCAAGCAGCAGGGAGCCCAAUAUGGGGCUUGAUCCCAGGACCGAGAUCAUGACCUGAGCUGAAGGCAGACGCUUAACCUACUGAGCCACCCAAGCACCCCAGAGAUUUUUUUUUUUUUUUAAAGACAAGGCCUUAAAACAGAUCCUGAAUAAGGGCUGGAGGGCUCAAACACAAAGCAUGGAGCUUGAAAUCCAGAAGAAAAUUUACUGUCAAACCCCAGGUUUGGUGAGAAAGCAAUGAGAACAGUCAGCUUUGUGGAUACCAGCACCUGUUUGUUUACAAGCCUCAGAGUUGUUGGGUAUCUUCUCUGGAUCCCUAUUUGGUCCAACGACUAACUUUAACUUAAAAAAUAAAAUUGCCACUUAUUAUACCAGCAAAAAAAAGGGGGGGUGGUUAUUUGGGAAUAGUUGAGAAUUGCAAUCCAGGACAAGCAAGCUUCAGCAAAACCAUAGGCAAGUCCAGAGAACAAAGGUGAGGAAUGCUCUUUUAUAGAGGAAAAGGGAAGUUGGGAAGGCUGUUAACCAAACGUCCAUUGGAGUAAACUGAGAGUUAUAAGUACAGUGGCUUCUCAUUAACUGAGCUGUCAUUGUCAUUGGCUGGGCUGUUGCCAGGAGAGGAAGAUAGUAAAGUAGUAUUGGCUUGCGAGGUCCCUCUCUUCCUGUUGGGUCUGCAACGGACAACUGGUUGCCAAGGGUAAGAGCUCCCCCUGCUGUCCUCCCGACUCCAUCCUAAAUGAGGUUUCCUUUCUGUGAAUUUUCACGCCUUAUAUGGUAAUGUCUAUACCUCUCUUUUUCUUGAUCAAAAGCUUAUCACUUUUAUUAUUUUCCUAAAGCACUUGGUUGCACUGAUUUUUCUGUUUCAUUUUUUUCUCAUUUGCUUUUUUUUUUUUUUUUACCAUUGCCUUUUGCUUUUGUUUUUUUGUAAUCUCUACACCCAACAUGGUGCUGGAACUCAUGAGCUGGAGAUCAAGAGUCUCAUGCUCUUCUGACUGAGCCAUCCAAGCACCCUGCCUUUUGCUUUUACUGGAUUUCAUUUCCUUCGCUACUUUUUAACAUGGAAGCUGAGAUCCUUAUUGGAAACCCUUUUUUCCUAAUAUAGAUGCUUAAUACCAAAAGUGGUCUUGUAAGAAGUGCUUUAAUUGUCUCCCAUAGAACUUAGUAUGUUAUGUUUUCAUUUUAAUUUAAAAUCUCUCUCACUUUCCUUUCAAAUUCCUUCUUUUACACUUGGCUCAUUUUAGAACUGUUAUAUCAAAUAUUUGAAAUUUUCCUUAUCUUUCUUGUAAUUUACUUUCUUAAAAUAAAAUAUUUUUAAAGAUUUUAUUUAUUUGAGAGAGAGAACGAGCAGUGGGGAGGGGCAGAGGGAGAAAGAGAAAGAAGCAGACUCCCUACUGAGCGGGAAGCCUGAUAUGGGGCUUGAUCCUAGGACCCAGAGAUCAUGGCCUGAGCUAAAGGCAGGCGCUUAACUGACUCAGCCACCCAGGCGCCCCUCUUGUAAUUUAUUUCUAAUUUAAUUAAGUAUGCACUCAGAGUACAUACUUUACGACUUGAAUUAUUUACGUUUGGGACAUCUGGGUGGCUCAGUCGGUUAACUGUCUGCCUUCGGCUCGGGUCUUGAUCCUGGGGUCCUGGAAUCGAGUCCCACACCAGGUUCCUUGUUCAGCGGGGAGCCUGCUUCUCCCUCUGCCUAUUGCUCCCCCUGCUUAUGCUCUCUGACAAAUAAAUAAAAUUUUUAAAAAGAAGAAUUAUUUACGUUUAUUGAGACUUGCUUUAUGGCUCAGAAUAUGGGCUAUCUUUGGUUUCAUGUUAACUUGAAAUUAAUGUAUAUUGUACUGUUUGAUGGAGGGCUUCACAAAUGUCAACUAGAUUAAUAUGGUUGAUAAUGUCUAAGUUUUCUGUGUCCUUACUGAUUUUUGGUGGGAGGGGGUUCUGUCAAGCUUUAUUUGAAUAUUAUUGACAUCCCUCAAUAUAAAAGUGGAUUUGUUGGGUGCCUGGGUGGCUCAGUCAGUUGAGCAUCUCUUUAUUUCGGCUCUAGUCAUGAUCUUGGAGUUGUGGGAUGGAGCCCCACAUUGGGCUUCCUGCUGGGUGCAGAGUGUGCUUGAAAUUCUCUCCCUCUCCCCCCCCACAUAAAUAAAUCUUUAAGAAAGUAAAAAAAUAAAAGUGGAUUUGCCGAUGUCUCUGUGUAGUUAUAUUAGUUUUUGAUUUGUGUAUUUUGAAGUCUUUUUAUUUUUUUUAUUUUUUAAAGAUUUUGUUUAUUUAUUUGACAGAGACACAGCGAGAGAGGGAACACAAGCGGGGGAGUGGGAGACGGAGAAGCAGGCUUCCUGCUGAGCAGGGAGCCCGAUGUGGGGCUCGAUCCCAGGACGCUGGGAUCAUGACCUGAGAGCCAAAGGCAGACGCUUAACGACUGAGCCACCCAGGCGCCACCUUGAUGUCUUUUUAUUAGAUUUUAUUUAUUUAUUUGACAGACACAGCAAGAGAGGGAACACAAGCAGGGGGAGUGGGAGAGGGAGAAGCAGGCUUCCUGCAGAGUGGAGAACCCGACAUGGGGCUCGAUCCCAGGACCCUGGGAUCAUGACCUGAGCCGAAGGCAGACGCUUAACGACUAAGCCACCCAGGCGCCCCACCACUACACACCUUUUAAAGCCACUAAUGACAAAGACUGGAACAAAGGUGACCAUGUUUCAAGUGGCGAGGAUGACAGAAGAACCAGAGUAACCACCAGCCCUUUAGAGACUCAGGCAUUGCACGGCUAGCUGUAUCAAAACCCAUUUUGAGAGGAUUUGUAUGUUCACAGUAAGCUGCAGAAAACCCAUUUGUUAGGUGAAUGGAUGAACAAAUAAGUGUAUCAUAUUGGCAAUUAAAAAAAAUCGCACUA